AAAACACGUGUGUAGAAUAAAAAUAAAAACAAAUAUUAUUUUCUUCACAUAAACUGGUAAAAAUGAAGCGAAAACGAAAGUUUGAAUCAGGAGCUGCCACAGCAUUUAUUACUCGUAAUCAAGCUUUACGUAAAUUACAACUCAGUUUAAAAGAUUUCAGGCAGUUAUGUAUUCUGAAGGGAGUCUAUCCACAAGAACCCAAGAAUUUAAAGAAGGCAACAAAAGGCAGUGGAAUAACCAGAACAUUUUAUUUUACUAAAGAUAUCAAUUUUCUAUCACAUGAACCACUGAUUAAUAAAUUCAGACAGACAAAGCAUUUUAUGAAAAGAUUAACCAAGGCUAUUCAUAAAAAGAAUCAAGAUGCGAUAGAUAGAAUUACAGCUAGUCGUCCUAAAUAUAAACUAGAUCACAUUGUUAAAGAAAGAUAUCCAUCGUUUAUUGAUGCUGUAAGAGACCUAGAUGAUUGUUUGUCUAUGUGUUUUUUAUUUGCUACCCUACCUACAUCAUUCACUGUUAAAACUAAAUCAGUUCAUCUUUGUCGUAGGCUUACAGUUGAAUUCCAACAUUAUGUCAUAAUAGCAAAAGCUUUGAGAAAGGUGUUUAUUUCUAUAAAGGGUAUUUACUAUCAAGCUGAAAUAAUGGGACAAACUGUUACCUGGAUAGUACCUCAUAAACUAGGAUAUCAGCAACCCAGUGAUGUCGAUUUUAAAAUUAUGAGAACAUUUGUAGAUUUUUAUACAACCUUAUUAGGAUUUACAAACUAUCACCUGUAUACCUUAUUAAAUCUACAUUAUCCACCCCAACUACAGUUAGACAGUGAGAAAACAGACACAGAGACAAAAUGUUUAAAAUCAGAGGCUGUAGAAGAGAAAUUAGCAGCUAUGACUCAAACAUUAAAAACUCUGGUAUCUACAACAGAAGAUGAAACAGAUAUUGAUGAAUUUCCUGUUAGUAAUUCUGAAGAUCCUGAUUUUAUAGAGAAAGCUAAAAUAGAAUCCGAAAAACUAGAAAAAUUCCAGAAGUUGUUUACAGGAAAGAAAUUUUUUUUAAAUCGAGAGAUUCCCAGAGAAUCUAUUACCUUCAUUAUCAGAACAUUCGGUGGUGAAGUAUCGUGGGAAAGAUCUCUAGCUCUGGGUUCGACGUUUCAGGAAACAGAUGAAUCAAUAACACAUCAGAUAGUAGAUAGACCAUCAGUUGAUAAACAAUAUUUAUCAAGGUAUUAUGUUCAACCUCAGUGGGUAUUUGACUGUGUGAACUCUCAGAUGUUAGUACCAGUUGAAGAUUAUUUCCCAGGGGUAAUUUUACCACCUCACUUAUCUCCCUUUGCUAAAGAGAAUGAAGGUGACUAUAUUCCAGCAGAACGUAAACAACAAAUUAAACGACAGCAAGGAAUUGAUUCAGGAGUUGAAGAAGAUGAGGUAGAAGAUGAUGACCAAGAGGAAGUUCCAGAAGAAGAGGACAGUGAAGACAGUGAGGUGGAAGAAGAAGAAGAAGAAGAAGAAGAGGAAGAGGAGGAAAGUGAACAAGACAGUGAAGAAGAAGAAGAAGAAGAAGAAAAGAAACCUAAAAAGAAGAAAAAAGAAGUGAAAGAAAAAGUUGUCACUCCAAAACGUCCUCAAAAGAAGAAAGAAAUGGCGGUAACACCAGGUUCAGUGGAGAAUGUUAAUAUUAAUCGUAAAAUACAGAAACAAGUAGCAGAAGAGAAACAUCUGGCUGAAAUGAUGAUUCCAAAGAAAAAACGUCAAAUUUAUGAGAGGGUAGUAAAAUCACAGAAUAAACGAGAUGUCAAGAUCAAGGAAUUAAAAGAUAAACGUAAACAAAUCAACAGAAGAAAUAAACUGAGCAAAGCUGGAGGAGAUUAAAUUAGAUUAUAGACUUUUAUAAACUUGACUUACAAUUUAAUUUGGAUCAUGAAGGAGUGAAGGCUGGGGGAAAGAUGCUAUUAAUUCUACAUCAAUAUUUUCAAGACAAUGGUUUAAAGAAUUUGAUUAAAGCUGGUUAAAAUUAAACAAAAUACUUUCAUCAAGUUCAUUUCAUAAUUUUUGUUUUGACAUCACAAUUUGUCCAUUGGUUGAUGACUUUGAAAGAGAUGUGACUCCUACCAUCAAUAUUCUAUCAAACAAUAGUUUCAAAAUCUGACCAAAACAACAGUAUUUUCUUGAAUCCCAUUCUCAACCUCUCUUACUGUCAAUGUGAAAAAUAUAAUAUGUAAUAUAACAGUCAAGAUAUAAGAGAAGUUUUCCCGUCAGAUUUAAAAUGACCAGUCCAGUUUAAUUUUAGGUAGUUUAACACAAUACAUACAGUUUUUAUAACUCAGAUUUCUAUAUAAAGUAUAAAGUGAACUGUUUGUGUUUAUGUUUGAAAUCAACUCAACAGUAUAAACUAUAAUUAUAUAAAGAUUUAAAAAUAAAGAAUGUCAAAACAUGGUGAA